AGUACAAAAUGUCUGAAGCUAUUGAAGACAUGACAGCAUAUACCAAAAUGACAGAUAAUAUUAUGUACGAGUUGUGCUACUCAGCCGAUACAAGUCUGAAGAAAUCUCGCCAUAUCAUCAACAGAGUACUUACAAGGAAGUUGUAUACAUAUAUUGAUGAAAUCACUUUUAAGAAUGAUAAACAGAUUGAUAAAAAAUCUUUGACAAAAAUUCAGAAAGACCUAGAAGAAAUUCAUGAAGAUUUGGUUGUCGAUGUAGUAAAAUUGGAUUAUGGUUUGCCGAUGGAUAAUCCUAUAGAUGCUGUGCAAUUCUACUCAAAGGACGAUCCAAAUAAGGCCUAUAAGUUAAGCAAAAACUACGUGUCCAGAGUGCUAACAGAAAAAAAUAAUGAGUUGCAGAUACAUGUCUACUGUAGAAAUAAAGACAACGCUAACGAUCUUAAAGAUCGCUUGCAAACUUGGUGUAAAGAUAAUGGAUACAAACUGAAGGUCGGACAACAUGAACCAAAGCAGAGCUCGAGAGGUGCUGUUAAAUUUGGUGGCAAAAGAAAAUUUCCGAAAAGAGGGCAAUACCAAGAGACCAAAAGAGUUAAGUUGUUGAAGUAGUGGCCGCC